CGACAUAUUCUGAGCAUCUUCCAAAUGUUCAGCCCCAGUCGUCAAGUGCUGCUCUUGGGGGGCGCGAUUGAGAGGGAGGGUGACACCAAGAACGGAGAGAAAUACAUGCAUCAAUAGGCUAGGCUACAUAUUUCUCCUCCUACAAACACAUAACGUUGCCUACUCUGUCAAUACGGAGGAGGUAGUGUGAAUUUAAAGAGCCAGGAGAUCUGAUGAAGAUGAAGACAGUCAGUGUGGCGGUGGUGCUGACCUUGCUGCUCUGCUCAGCUCUGUCGGCCCCUUUGAAAGGUAAAGAAGACUCCCAGAAGACCAUGUUCUUUGGGGAGGACUUCCAUCUACAGCUGCCCUCCCUGGCUGCAGAGGUUUUGUUCCAGCCCAGUAGUGCCAAGGCGGGGGUUGAGGUGGUCCUGAUGCGGGGUGGGUCCGUGGUCGGUAACCGUGCCAAGCUCAACAGUCAGCUCAGUCACCUGAUCCUAGCGAACGUGGGCGAGGGGGACGAGGGGACGUACUCGGUGAAGAACAACGAACAGCCAGAAGAGGUCCGACGCAUCACACUCAUCGUCAGAGACUGUUCCAACGAGCAGAACAUUAAGUAUGGGGAGAACUACCACAUCCAGCUGGCAGGGGUGGAGGCUCCCAUCACCCUGGAGUAUAGGCCCAGUGCUGUGGAGGCCAACCUGACUUCCAGGCCGCCCCUGGUGCUGAUGACCCGAGGAGGGCUCUCCAGAGACGGGUACCAGGGGCGCCUGAGUGUCAACGAGCGCCGGGUCACCCUCAACGCCGUGACAGGCGCCGAUGAGGGAAGCUACACCGUCAGAGACACGAACCUGAAGAUCAUGAGGAAGGUCUGCCUAAAUGUCAAAGAACACCAGAACUUUGUGAAGCUGCCGUACGCUGGCACCCUGAAGAUCAACCUGAUUCUGAAUGCCUCCAUGGUGCGUCUGUUCUACACGCCCGACUACGACUUAAAAACCAGACAGAUCCUGGACGGGGGAGAGUUAACGGUGCCAGCAGACCUGGAUCUGGUGGGGCGGAUCUCUCUGGAUCCGUCUGUGGUCAUCCUGGACCAGGUCAAGGCCAGCGACGUCGGACAGUUCAAGGUCACGGACAUACUGGGGUUUCCUGUGUCCAACGUCUACCUGGAAGUGGAGGCCUACAAGCUGCCGUCCCUCUACGUGGCAAUCAUAGCACUGGUGGGCUUCCUGGUUCUCCUGCUGUUGGUGUGUCUGCUGUCCUGCCUGGUCAAGCAGAAGAAGAGGGCAGCCAAGGCCCGAGCCAUCGAGAAGAUUGCCCAAAACGCAGGCAAGGAGGACGAGGGAGAUGCCUUCAGACAGGUGGUGAAGAACAUUACUCAGUUUGAGGAGUCUAUAGCCCAGUCCAUCGACAUCACAGAGAAGUCUCAGAGCACUGAGGUGGACAUUAAAGGUCUGGAGGUGUCGUCCAAGGAGGUGGCAGGUGGUAACCUGGAGACCAGCGACUCAGGGGUGGAGUUUAACACCACUGGCCUCCCAUUGGACACUGACACUGACGUCCCCGACCAGAUUCCAGAAUCAGAGGCUGAGACUGAGAGUGUUACCUUCGUCCCAGAAACCAAGCCAAGCCCACCCCCGGUUACCAAACCUAGCCCGGUUCCCGAGAUCAAAAAAAUUCCUGAACCAGCUCCUGAACCAAAGUUGACCAUAACCAAACCCGUUGAGACCAAACUCAGCCCAAUCCCAAGCCCGGUCUCCAAGCAGGCUCCAAGCCCCAUUGCCAAAACACCUGAUCCAGCCAAAACUCCUGAAUUGAAAACUCCUGAUUUCAAAACUCCUGAUCCGAAAAUACCUGAAUUGAAAACACCUGAACCAACCAAAACUCCCGAUUUUAAAACUCCUGAACCGAAAACACCUGAAUUGAAAACACCUGAACCAGCCAAAACACCUAUUGCUGUGUCUCCAAGCCCGGUGUCCUCUAAGCCAACCCCACCCUUGACCCCUGUCUCCAAACUAACUGCACCCCAACCAUCAACCCCUGAACCCCCCAAGCUGGUGACACCAACCCCAGAAUCCCCCAAGCCUGUGACACCAAUCCAGACUCCGACCCCAACCCCAAUGCUGAGCCCUGAACCUGCUCCGACCACCAAUGGCACACCCGAACCACCAGCACCUGAAUCCAAACCUGACACUGCUCCGGCCCCAGUGGGUCUGAUUGAAAGCCCUGUCGCCAAGGCAACCCCUCCUAAAACCCCUGAAGUGGAGGUGACCGCCCCAAGUAGUCCAGCCCUUGAGGCCAAAAUGGACACCCCAGCUGAGGACAACACCGCCACCACCGCAACCUGAGAACAGUCCUUGCACUCCUCCAAGGGAAACCCCACAGACCCAUUAUCCUUUCCUUCUCCACCACUGUAGACAGACAAUCGAACACCCCCCUUACCAAAUAAGGAAGAAAUCACUGCUACUAUCGAGGCUGGGACUUCGAUUUAACACUUCUAAUGCUUGAACAUGCUGUAGGUUGUUAUGAUAGCUAACUCACCUGUACCUAACACUAACAUUAUCUUUGAGAUACUUUUUUCAAUUCACAGAUACUUUUCACAAGAUAGGAAAUAUAAGCAAGCAAGUUCAUUUUGUCAGACGUUUUAGCUGUUGUUGUUUCUUUUUGAACUUUCUAUGCUGCAUACUCUUUUUUAGUGUGUAAACUAGAGCAUGACUGCCGGUCUGCCAACAAAAACAGUUGCAGAGUUUACAAGUAAAAUGUUAAACCUAGCUUCUUUAGAUAUAUUUGACGUUCAGAGGUGUGCAGAAUGGUUCCACACCCUUUUACAUAGAUAUAGGAACAAAUAAAUGGCAAGUGAACAUUACUCAAUCUAGUUCAACUACAUAUAUGACCGCCUACUCCAUUUGUGGAAUGAUAAAACCUUUGAUGAUGCCUGCUCUAAUCUCAGCAUGUGGAAAAACAGACCAAAACGAAAGCACAAACAGCUCGUAAAUUUGCAACUGACAUUUUUUAUCUCAUAUGAUGAAACCAAUGACAUGAUUUAUGAUUUAUCCCCCCCAAGGACUUAUAAAAGUGACUAUGACAUAACGUUCUCGUCAAACUGGAUGAAUUUAAAUCACCUUUCUAUCAAACUGGACUGGAUUCCUUCUCCUUGUGACAUUCUCUAGUAGUUUUCCUGAAACCUGGGAAUCCGGGAAUCUGGAAAUGUUCCUGCUGGUCCUCUGCCGUCCUAUAGAAACAUCUAGAAUGCUUGAAUGAUAAAACAUCCUGAUACAAAGGAUCCCCAGCAACACUAACACCUGAAUGCUAAACUCUAACAUCAAUUCCUUCUGCUAAACUAAGUCUAACUUUUGUUUAAAAUGGAUGUCUCGUGUGAUUGCGCUCCCAACUACGUGAGAGACUGUAUUGGUUAUAAGGUGUUGGCCAACUCUGACUGUCCCAGUGGAUCUCUAGAAUCAGUUUAAUCCAAGAGAAAGAGCUUGUUUUGAUCCUUGACCUCACCCCAGGACCUGAAGACCCCAAGGACACACCUCAGCACUUUAAGCAAUCCCCAGUGAAUCUUGGGGAAUGUAGUGCUGAUUGUUAUUGUGCUGACUACAACUAUGAGAGUGGGAGAGGGAGAGGAGGAGGGGUCUGGUGAGUGAUGUCAUUGGCUUAGUCCUAACAUUUAAAAAAGGAAUCCUCCCUUCUCUAUGUCCUUCUUUACUUCUGUCUUUCCUUCUGUACUCCCUCUUUUCCUUCCUCUCUUGUUUGCAGCAGGUGGUGAAGUACAGUAUUAUGGCAUGGUUUCAUCUGGCCGAUAGAUGUAGUUUUACUGUUGGUCCUGCCCUCUUGACUUCUCAUUUAUAGAUUAUGGGUCAGCCUUUAUACCCCAUGAUGACUUAUAAAAGUACAGUAUGAAAGUAUAGUCUUCCCUGAGAUAAUAGAACAGACCCAUGUCAGACUAUUCCUUGCCUACACACAUCUACAUGCAUUACAGUCAUCUAUGAACUACAUACUGGAGGCCAACUGUAGAUGUGUUCCACGGCUCUGAUGCCUAGUAUGGUGAUCUCACAGUACAGUAGACAUGUAGUUCUGGUUAUUUGCUCCAGCCUAAAACAGACACUUCACAAAUGAACCCACUAGCAUCCAUCCACAGCACUGGAUAUGAUGUCAAGGCAUGGGUUGAUGUGUUCUAAUAGCCUACCCUAUUGCCAUUGGUCUCUCUGACUGCCCUAAAAAGGCCCUGCGAGAACUUCACUAACUAUUAACUCACUGUGCCACCAUCUCCAGGACUGUGCCAUGACGCCAUCUGUCUUUAGUUGCUUGAAGCUAUGUUGCUCUAGCCUAGAUUUACAGUGCAAUAAGACUUUGCUGGUGGUUAAAACUCCUGUAGCCGCUAUGUGUUACAAGAGGAGGUGAGCAGAUACAUUUUGCUUAACAAAAGACAUCUCUACCUCAGUGUUUUAACUGACCGCCUUGACAAACACCAUGAAUGGUACAUUGAGUUCAGUGGACUACAUCUAAAAGCAUUUAGGAUUUUUAACAAGAGAAGCACAAAUAGGAGCCGUGUUAAGUUCACCAACACAUCAAUCAGUUGUUGGAACACAUAGAAAAUACAUCCAUCUUCAAAACGAUGGCCUUUCUCUUUCUAAACACUUCCACAAUUCUAAGACGUUUUUUAAUGCUAAAAUGAAUAUGAGAGUAAUAUGAAAGUUAAAAGCCAUAUGGUAAGAUAGAGAUAUAGAUGUUGAUAAGUACAGUAUAUGAAUCAUGAUGAAUACAGUAUGAAUACAUUAGUGUUUGAGGGGCCUAAAUGAUUUGCUAUAUUGUCAUUCAACUGAUGUAAGUGAUGAAAUGUCAAGGAUUAUGUAAAAUUAUACCACUGAAGAGAUUUGGCUCCAAUCUCAAUCACGAUCUCAAUCUCGAUCUCGAUCUCGAUCUCGACCGCAAUGCUCGUUAAGCUCUGUUGUGUGGAGCCGUAACACCCAUUUAGGCAAUACUAAAAGCAGUGUUUAUCUGUUUCUACACACACACACACACACACACACACACACACACACACAACAAACACUCGCUUAUGACCCUGCUGACGAGGUUCAGCAUUGUAAAUAUUGCAUGUGUAAGGUUUUAAAAGUCUCCUCUCAAAGGUUGAAUGUGUUUAGUGUAUAGAAUGGUCGUUGUAUUAUACUUGAUGAUAUAAAAAAGCUAAUCUAAUUUCUCACCUGUGCAAAGCCUACAUGCUGAUUAUUGAAUAUACUGUAUACAUACAAACUAAUCUUCACUAACUUAUAAAAUACAACUUGAACAACUGAAAAUCGGAAACAUAACUGAAUAAGUAAAUAUUUUUCCGUGUCACGGAUCUUCGAAUAGAUCUCUAAAAUAUUUUGAUUGGAUUAACUUUUAUUAGUACUAUUUCAACCCUAUGAUGAUAACACUCACAGUAUAACACCCUUACAUAACUUAUAUAUAUAUAUAUAUAUUUAAAAAAUACAGAAUGAUCUAUGUCACUUUAAAGAUAAAGACGUUUAAUUGCAGCAUGUCCACAUGAUCUCCUCAAAGACAGUAUUAUUAUUAUUCAUAUUUUUCUGCUUUUAUAAAAGCUGUCUGUGUGUGUGUGUGGAGGAUUGAUCAGUCAUAGUGUUAUCUUCAUCCUAACGUGUGUGUGUGUGUGUGUGUGUGUGUGUGUGUGUGUGUGUGUGUGUGUGUGUGUGAUUGUACCUGUGUGUGUGAUCGUACCUGUGUGUGUGUGUUGUGCGUGCCCGUGUUGUGUGCAUGCGUGCGUGACACAUCAUUUUGUAUCUGUGUCUAGGUAUAAGCCUCUAGCCUAUGUGUGUGCAAUGAAAAGAAAAUCACAACUUCAGCUGUAUGUCGACUUCACAUAUCCUUGCUUAGAAAUGAUUGUCCUCAAUGAUCUGCUUAUCAUCUGACAUUUGUUUAGAAACCGGUCUGUGUUUGUCCAGAGUCAGUAUGUGGUUAACAUCACACAAACCUGCACCUCUGAGGUGCUCUACACGGGAUGACUUUCAUCUUUGAUUUAGUGCCUCAAAUAUGAAAUCAAAUAUUCAAUGGCUAGUCAGCCUAUAUUCUAUAAAUACACUCCAAGAGGCACCGUUUGGUUUAUAUGAUGUAACGGUGGUCUCAGGCUAAACCGCGGUAAAGUACUAUGUGCAGACCUGACUACCUUAUAGGUCUACUGUACUGUAUAUAUAGACACAACACAGUCAGGAGAUACAGAAUAUUGUAGUCAGGACAGGAAGUGUUUCAUAUAAAGCACUCAGACACUCAGUCAUGAUUGGAAGAGUGAUAAAUGACCUAGUUGCUUGCCAUUUGGUUGUCAGGGUUUAUUUGAAUGUGCAUUAGCAUGAGAUGGAUAACAUCAUGUUGAAGUGUAUUGUGUAACUUGGUGAGACAGUAACUGCUGUUCAUCUUGGGAAUUCAGUGGCACUAUUUGUAUGUAAACAGCAGGUUGAAUUCAAAAACAGUAUUUGAGAUCGAGCCCUUCUGAAGUGGAACUGAGAUGUGCAUGUGGAUGAAUUUGACAUGUUUUAUACCACUACUGCAUUAUAGCGCUUCCCAAAAGAGGGGGUAAUGUAACAAACCUACCCUAUUUGGGAUGGUUGGUUAGUGUCUGGGUCUUGGAACCAGAAGGUUGUGGGUUCAAUUCCCUCCCUGGCUGGGACAGACCCCCCCAAAUUUACACCAGUGUUCUCAUUGGCGUUCCUUGCACUAUGUGAGUGAUCUCUCUCUGCCCUGAUUCUGAUUCUGUCUGUUUACUCCUUCUGCUGUGAUGGAGUGUGUAGCGCUCUGUAGUCUGUUGAUCUCCCUCCUCCCUUUUUUCACAACACGACACACAGGCGUUUUGUAAAGGAAAGGUGUUAUUUUCUUUAUUUCAUGUCUAAAAAAAACAUAACGAAGAAUAAACAAAAGAUUAUGAGAAAAAAAAUCUAGUGUGCUUUCCUUGUCAUUGAUUCUGUACUUUUCCAAAGCUUUGAAUUUGUCCUAAUGUUAUUCGGGUAGGCAGGCAGGCCAUAACGUGUGUGCACUUAGAUUUUACGAUCUCAUUUCGUGGAGCACUUUUCUCCUAGCUGUCUAUCUGGCACACCGUGCAUAGUGUAAGAUAUCAUACUAAUGGCUGCGCUCACUGAGGAAGCCUUGGUCUCUGUAAAUGUGACGGUGUUGUCAUGCUACCUUACGUCAGUCAUCUUACUCAAUGUCACACACAUUUAG